AUGAAUUCAGCGGAAGUGUCCGUCAGACUAGCAUCGCGUGAUGAUUCAGCCACACUCGUUGGGGAGCUAAAGAGUUCACUUUUAGUUUUUAAGCGUGGCAAAUCCGAGGAUGCAUUCCAAAGGUUGCUUAUGGCGUUGAAUAGAAUUUGCGUUGCCUUCUGCUUUGGUGACGAGGAGUUUAUUCGACGGCUUGAUGUUGAACGCUACGCGUCGGUGUUGGUAUCGACACUUAGAAGCGUUUCUCGAAAUGAAUUUUCUAGGUUGCGUUCCGUCACGGUACAGGCUCUUGCACUACUGGCCGAUCUUGUACCACGUGGUGGUUUGGCGAUAGCAGCGGCAAAAGGUAUUCGACCGUUGUUUUGUAUUAUGAAGGAUGUGAAGCUUCAAGGCAAUGAAACGUUUUUGGAGGAGUUGCUGAAAUGUAUUAGUCAUGUCUCGGCGGAAGCAAAAGCAUCCCUGGUGCGUGAAUACGCCGUUUCUUUCAUCACAGUCCUAGAGGCUCGGGUGGAAACACAUCAUCUGCGUAUGUUGUGCUUGAAGUGUUUGUGUCAUCUUCUUGGGGCAGCGCGGUUGAAGGAUUGGAACAAAUAUUUCUUAGUCCCUUGCAACAGUCUUGUAGUGCGGUUUAACCAACAGGUAAAGAGAGUGUUUGGGGAGAGCAAAGAUCAACCUUUGGAGCGGUUGUCAAAGGAAAAUGAAGCGUACAUGCUGCGUCUUACUGAGUGCGUUGCACUUAUUUAUGAUCGCAUACUACGCACAAGAGAGCUCAUCUUGAAAAAUGGUAGUAUUCUGGAAAAUUCUUUGCCGGCGUUUGUUAAUAUGUUGGUACGAACUGCUUCCAUGGGUACACAGGGGUCAACAUUUCGAGAUGCUGUCUGUUCACCCUUGCUGACGCUUUUCUUUGCCGAUCCCCCUAUAUCUUUAAGGAUGUUUCUUAAAUAUCACGUGUUACAAUCCAUCUGUGGAGUUUUGGCUACGGUGCUGGAAAGAACGACGAAACGAAUUUCUUACAGCGGUGUAGCCUUUGCCGAGGCAUUUCUAUCGAAUGAUGUCAGUGCAAUUCCCUUUAUGGCAGAGGAAAAGCAAAUCAUUCAUUUGUUGGAGUUUUUUCUGGUAAUCUUCCCAACUGCUUUGGUGGCCCGUGAAAGUGACUAUUAUGUUACAUUACCACACUUUGUUUGGCAAUGCGAAGAUGACUUUCAUAACAGAACUGACUGUACUGAUAGUUUGAGCAAGCAGAUGGAAGGGGAAUACAAAAGACAACGCAGACUUUCAGCUUUUAAACCAUAUGAAGUAUGUCAUGCUUCCCGCACACUCAAAAUUGACUUUGAUAACAUGCAAUACAUGAGCAAUGAAUUAUCUUCUUACCCACAUAGCCUUGGUCGUCAUGCAUUUCUCUCCGGUUAUGUUCACAGUCGAGUCAUGUACUGCACUUGUGGGGACAAGUUACUUUUGGAUGCAACAGAUGAGAAAUUCAUUCCAAAGCAACAUGGAGACUACUCAAGUGAGUCACCCAAAUGGACGUACCGGCAUCAAGACAAUCCUCUGGUGGCAAGCUCGACGGAGGGAAGUAGGGCGGUCAAUGAAGACAUAUUUUCUACUAUAACAGCAAGAAGUACGGAUGCUGCUUACAGUCAUAGAAUCGCCCAUACUGGUGGUUUACGGGAGGCUGCUAUCAAUAGGCGUUUAGUGGAUGGAAAUGAAUGUGGUUCGUGGUGUGCCUACAUCGCAGGACUUGUGCGGCAAGGGGAGCGACAAACUGGGAGGCAGAGGUCAGGGAAUAAAACGGUUCAGAGAAAAGAUUUACUUUUAUGUGAUUUUUUUCGUAAUUCUCGUGAAGGGAUUUUAAAUUACUCCAUUAUUCGCCUACAUUUUCUACAUGAUUCCAUGAUUCAACUGAUAUUGUCGUGGUGUCUUCCAGUUUUGACGACUAUGGUCAGAAAAACGGUUAGUCCCAUUAUAGCGCGUCACUGCUCCAUCUUGAUACUUCGGUGUGUGGAUCUUUCGGUAGAGUUUUUCCGUGAUGACGGUAACCGUUUCCGCCCAAAGGUCAUGGAGGAACUGCGUCAGAGGUUUAACAUAGUAUGCUCCCAACUGGGACCGGUUUUGUCAUACUUGGCUACAGCAAAUACGAAUCACACGAUUACAGCAUUUGUGCAGCCUUUUAAAGAAUUUCAAUAUGAUCAUUCAUUUUUGCAAGCCCUGAUGGCGGUUGGUUUGAAGCCCAACAGUCGGCUGCCGGCCAUGACUUUACGGUGUGAAAUACAAAUGAGUGCGUUAAGUUCAGUGUUAAUUUUACAGCAUGCGUCUCGCUCCACAAUGUCUAUAUUUAAUGGUAACCAGAAACUUAUCCUCUGUCGAAUGCUUGAAAAUCUAACGGUUCGUUUGAGUCGACAUCAGGGAGUCCUUCGGAGUUCAAUUUAUGGUGGUACGGGGAUCAUUCUGUGUCCUUUUCAUGUGACCGCCGAAAAGAUUGAAGAAGUACAUGCGAAACUUAUUGAGCAGGCCAUUUUAGUUAUUUCUCUAGACUUGGGGAAGGUUUAUAAAGGGCAUGGGGGUACAUUUUUGAGCAGUCCAUUCAAAUUGACUUCAACAAGUUCCAGUUCGAAUCGGGAUCAUACAAAUUCUUCUGUGACGAAGACGGCGAUUCUCGUGGCGCCCAAAAAGUUCAACAUCCCGGAGAGUUGUAUUAUUUCUGACAUUAUGGUUCGUGCAAACAUGUACUCGGAUCUUCCCACAGGGGUUCAAAAGGUGUUUGCUAUUCAUGAGUACAUGUUGGAAUGUGAAACUAAUCUUUCUUCUCUUGUGUAUGGACAUCCGGAAUUUUUGGAGGAACUUGCAGGCGAACUACAGAAUUCUACGAUUGAGCCUGCGUUGAAUAAGGAGCUGGCGGAAGCAUUUUCGCAUGUUAGAAAGGGACUUCUUUCUGUGAUCAAUAAGAACAUAGGGCUUGUGAAUGCUGAGGAUGCACCUCCUAUUGAGCGUCAGUCGGUAAGACCAGCACGUCGUCUUCGACGUAACAAAAUUACAUUGGCGAUGGCGAACCACAUAUGGACACCCCUACGGGUGAAAUUGGAGUCCUUGGAUUUCACUGAGACUGAUGAACACUCACCUUCCUCUGUGGGAAUUAUAAUUAUUGCUGAUGAAAGGUACACCGUUUUGGAUCUUUCUUUGGAAAGAGAAACGGUUAGUAUUCUUCCAACAAUGCCGUUGAGUCAUCUGGCCAAGCACAUAGUUCUUCAGUUGAAUCAAAAAUAUAUGGAUGCGGGGAAAUGUAAAGCAGGGGUGCGAUUGGGGCGAAGGCACACCGCACCAGAUGCUAUGGAGGUGCAAAGUUUAUAUUCUACGAAUAGUCUUUUUUUACCUAAACUGGAGAGGGUGGAGGGCGAUUUAGGGCAGUCAUUUUUGUCUCGUUCCUAUUCAAUCUUGGAUCCACACGUUGCGAACGAACCAGAGAGUGCCGAAUCCUCCUUUUCAAAUGGGUCACUGGUAUCGUGGGAGAAUAAUUAUGGGAGUGAACGGCGUCAUAGCGCGGCAUCGGUAAGGGUACAAAGUACCUACGAUCGGGAGGAGUCUGCUGAAGGAUUUUCCAUUGAGAGGCAAACUUUACCGGACCCGAAUGACGACACGUCAUGGAACAUUUUACCAAGUAACAUUGUAUUUUUUUACAAUGGUAAGCCAGUGGUGGAUUUAUCAGUUUCUCUAUUAGAACUCUUUUGGGAUUCUGCGACGGUGUUGGCAAGUGGAAGGGUCGCCACCACGGAGAAGGAAAAAGCCGGUGAGCAGUUAGCAGCCACAGGGAUACAGCGCAUGCUUGCAAUGUGGUUAACGACACAGACCAUUCAUUAUCUCGUUGUGAAGGAACCCUUUAUGCAAAGUCUUGAUGGUGUAACGGAGGAUAGGGCAUAUGGUACCAGAAUCAGCUCACCGAAGAAAGUUUUCACACAUUUGUUAAGUAGUUCGGAAACGCAAUCCUCUUUGAAGGUGGCAGCGAAACUGUUAAAUGAAAUGCGGCGGGUUUUGCUAUCAGUUAAAGCCACUCUGGGUUCUUCCGAAGGAAGACUUUGUAGUGCUCUCAUUUAUGGAUUCCACAAUCAUAUUGGUAUUUUUAUGUUACCGUCGGUCGUCUGGCUUCCUCUCUUAUGCUCAUCGCUGAACGAGCAGCAGGAUCAACACCUUGCCAGUUACAUUCUGUGGAACUAUCCGCAGAUAUUUAGUUUGGACGUUCGACGAGCGCUAAUUCAACUUAUUUUUUCAGUACGUCGUGUCCCGAUUGUGAUGCUGGCCAAAUUGAAAGAGUCAGCGCGUCUAACAGGGUACGUGGCCCCAGUACAUGGUUUGGAAUGGGUCACGCCGGAUGUGGAUAUGCGUUCCACAAAGAAGGUGAUAGUACAGCGGGAUAAUCUUUUGGAAAGUGGCUCGAAUGUGUUACGUACUCACGCCAUGUGUCCUUUACCGUUGAGUGUGGAGUUUGAAAAUGAAAAUGGUGUCGGCGCAGGGCCUGCCGUGGAGUUUUACAACUUAUUCUCCGCUCAGCUUCAGGAACAACGGCUAAACAUGUGGCGAACUGAAGAAUUUACAGAUUCAUCUGGGGCUUUGACAAAGCGUGUGCAACUUCCUUUGUUUCCUGCGGUGUGUCAGACGGCGAAAUCUUUGUCCUAUUUUGAACUCUUGGGUUUACUGGUGGGGCGGGUGCUGCUGGAGGGACGUGUAGUCGACCUUCCUCUUCAUCACUGCUUUAUUCAAGGAAUACUUGGCAAUCUUGAGAAAAACCGACUGCGUGACAUUGAUCCAGAGUUGGAUUGCCACCUUUCCCGACUAAGUUCUCUUUCUGAAGAGGAGCUUAUUGCUUGUGAUUUGACGUUUGUUUUGCCACGCCCGGAUGCGGCAACGGCGGGGGAGGAGAUUGAACUUACUCCCAAUGGAUCCAUGAAACGUGUUACUGGAGUCAAUGUUUCUGAGUACGUCACGGCGGUUCGGCAAUAUUACUGUAGGACCGUCCUUACUGGACCUCUCAUGCACUUUAGACAAGGACUACGCUAUGCGAUGAUUCCAUCCUAUCUCGAACUGUUCAGUGUGGAGGAGUUACAGUUGCUCAUCUCUGGCCCAGAUGGUAAGAUUUGGGAGCGGCCGGAGGAUCUCGAGCGAAUCAUCAUCUUGUCCCAUGGCUACGACAAGGAUUCCCCUGUUGUGAACUUUCUCCUGGAGGUGGUGAGCAGCUGGGAUGCCCCACUGCAGCGUGCCUUUUUGCGUUUUGUAACUGGCUCCUCCCGUCUUCCCCUUGGUGGGAUGCGGCCACCCAUAACUGUUGUGCGCCGUACACUUGGGGUGACAGAGGAGGAAGGGGGAAAUGCGUCUUUUUCGGCCGCUCCAUUCUUUGGGGAGGAAAGUAGAAAAAUGCAGCUUCUCAUGGAUGCGUCGCUGCCGACAGUGAACACCUGCGCACAUUACCUCAAAUUGCCAAGCUACAGCAGCAAAGCCCUGUUGGAGGAGAAAUUGCGGACCGCUGUGACAGAGGGACAGGAAAGCUUUUUACUGACGUAA